AUGGCACACACUCUCGAUGUUGGAGGCUGUAUUUCGGGGCAAGAUACACCUCGUCUGCCAGAGGUCGACACUAACAAGUCUUCUGCCGCUGGUGACUGUAACGUUGCAGCUGAGCCGACCUUCUUCGAGCCUCCGCCUCCUCCUGCGGGAGCUCUGGGAUCCGACAAAUACUACCUCUACGGCUGGCCGCUGACCGGCGCCACGGUCGACAGGCUCCUGUCUAAGUUCGGGCAGCCGCCUGGCUCGACACAUUACCUGCAGACCAUUAUCAUGCUUGCCCUCAGACUCGAGUCCGAGAGCACCUUCGAACCCAUAUACUGCACAUACAUCCAGCCUCACGAAGAGGAUGGCCCGCUGCCCAGCCUCCGCCGUCCGCUCCCCGGCCUAUCUUUCCUGAUGAUCACGCCCUCUGAGGAUGCUGAUGGUCGGCCCUUUUCAUUGCGGCGGCCGACAAGAGAGCAGAUGGACAACGUUCUGUUGAUUUAUCGCACCCUCGCUCUGAAUCCGGACGUUCCUAGCGAAGUGUGCGUCGUUGGGACGUCCUCACCAUGGCCUCUCAGCUACCUCGACAUACAAGCUUCUAUUCACGUAUCCAAGGCGUUCGAGUGGUUCGUCUACGUCAAGAAAGUCACCUUUUCGAACAAGCUCCCUCUAACAAUGGGAGCCUGCGUCGACGAUGUCCACUAGAAUCCUGUGAACAAGCGCACAUCCAGCCGGGGUAAGGCGCGCCCAGGCACAACGUGUGCUGGUAUAAGUCGCAGGAGAGGCUGCUCAUACCCGACCGACUGACUCUC